AUGCAUCCGCUUGACUUGCUCAAAGUCAAGUUCCAGGUCGCUACAGAAAAGCCCGCUGGAGGCGCUGGAAAACACAUAUGGAACACGCUCAGGGAUAUCAGGGUCCAGGAUGGUUGGAAAGGUCUCUAUCGUGGUGUUAGUCCAAACAUUACUGGAAACGCCUCUAGCUGGGGUUUGUACUUUCUCUUCUAUAAUAUGCUCAAGAAACGUGCAGCAGGCGAUGAUCCCAAUUAUCGUAUGCCCGCUUCUACCUAUCUCCUUUGUUCUGCAGAAGCGAGUGCUGUGACGGCUAUAAUGACGAAUCCAAUAUGGGUGGUCAAAGUACGCAUGUUCACCACUCGUGCAGACAACGCAACCGCGUAUAGAGGUCUUUGGCAUGGACUGUCCUCUAUCGUACGUAAGGAGGGAUUUGCUGGCUUGUGGAGAGGGACCAGUUUGGCACUUGUCGGCGUCAGCAAUGGAGCGGUGCAAUUUAUGGCCUACGAGGAGAUGAAACGGUGGGGUUUCGACCAGAAGCGGAAACAGUUCGCAAAAGCUGGCAAGAUCAUGGGUCCGGAGGACGAGAAGCUGUCCAACACGGCGUACACCGUCAUGUCGGGAGCAAGUAAACUGUGGGCCUUGACACUAACAUACCCCUACCAAGUUAUUCGUUCUCGAAUACAGAAUAAUGCAACUACUCAUUUAUACCCCAAUAUCCCCACAACCAUCAAGCGCACCUGGCAAGGCGAGGGCAUCAAAGGGUUGUAUCGUGGCCUGGGCACGAACCUUGUACGCGUUCUCCCUGGGACUUGCGUGACGUUCGUCGUCUACGAAAACAUUGCGUACUUGCUACGGACAUCAGCACUGAGACGCGAAGAAAAGCGUGGGCCUGGGCUCAACUCAUAG